GGCGCUCACCUGGGCGCGGGCGCUUCCGCAGGAAGAAGGAAGCCGCCCCUCCCGCGCCAGUCGCGGCGCCACCAUGUCCGCCUCUGCCGUGUUCAUCCUGGACGUCAAGGGCAAGCCUCUGAUCAGCCGUAACUACAAGGGCGAUGUGGCCAUGAGCGAGAUUGACCACUUCAUGCCUCUGCUCAUGCAGCACGAGGAGGAGGGUGCGCUGGCCCCCCUGUUGAGCCACGGCCGGGUGCACUUCCUGUGGAUCAAGCACAGCAACCUCUACUUGGUGGCCACCACGCUGAAGAACGCCAAUGCCUCGCUGGUCUACUCCUUCCUCUACAAGACAGUGGAGGUAUUCUGUGAGUACUUCAAGGAGCUGGAGGAGGAGAGCAUCCGAGACAACUUUGUCAUCGUGUAUGAGCUGCUGGAUGAGCUCAUGGACUUCGGCUUCCCGCAGACCACGGACAGCAAGAUCCUGCAGGAGUACAUCACCCAGCAGGGCAACAAGCUGGAGACGGGCAAGUCUCGGGUGCCGCCCACUGUCACUAACGCGGUGUCUUGGCGCUCGGAGGGCAUCAAGUACAAGAAGAACGAGGUUUUCAUUGACGUCAUAGAGUCCGUCAACCUGCUGGUCAAUGCCAACGGCAGCGUCCUGCUCAGCGAGAUUGUGGGCUCCAUCAAACUCAAAGUGUUUCUUUCCGGGAUGCCGGAACUGCGGCUGGGCCUCAACGACCGCGUGCUCUUUGAGCUCACUGGCCUUCCAGGCAGCAAGAACAAGUCGGUGGAACUGGAGGACGUGAAGUUCCAUCAGUGCGUGCGGCUGUCGCGCUUCGACAACGACCGCACCAUCUCCUUCAUCCCGCCUGACGGCGACUUCGAGCUCAUGUCCUACCGGCUUAGCACGCAGGUCAAGCCGCUCAUCUGGAUUGAGUCUGUCAUUGAGAAAUUCUCCCACAGCCGGGUGGAGAUCAUGGUUAAGGCCAAGGGGCAGUUUAAGAAGCAGUCUGUGGCCAACGGCGUGGAGAUUUCUGUGCCUGUCCCCAGUGAUGCCGACUCCCCGCGCUUUAAGACCAGUGUGGGCAGUGCCAAGUAUGUGCCCGAGAAGAACGUUGUCAUCUGGAGUAUUAAAUCCUUCCCGGGGGGCAAGGAGUACCUGAUGAGGGCCCACUUUGGCCUCCCCAGUGUGGAGAAGGAGGAGAUGGAGGGCCGGCCUCCCAUUGGGGUCAGGUUUGAGAUCCCCUACUUCACCGUCUCUGGCAUCCAGGUCCGCUAUAUGAAGAUCAUUGAGAAGAGCGGUUACCAGGCCCUGCCCUGGGUGCGCUACAUCACGCAGAGUGGAGAUUACCAACUUCGGACCAGUUAGAAAGGACCAGGAGCAGGCCUGGAACAUGAGUGUCUCUCUCCCCAGUCCGCAGAGUGUAGUGAAGGGGAGGGCAGGGCGAGUUUGUGUGUGUGUGUGUGCGCACGCGUGUGUGUUCCUGCACUGUGCAUCCAUUUGGGCAAUUACCCCUUCUUCCCUCGCUGACCCCUUCCUCCGGUCUUCUUUCCCGUGGGCUGGGCAGAUGGUCUCUAGCUUUCUUGCUCGUGGGGCUCCCCACCCCGUUUUAUAUGAAGAAAUACCAGAGGGGCUUGAGGCCCCUCGCGAGUGCCUUCCUGCAGUGACUGCCUUAAGGGGGACCCGGCCUUCCUUCAGGGCCACUGAGCCUGCCGGUUUUUGGGCAUCAGUAAAACGAUGAAUCUGGA